AUGAGGGGAGGAAUCGCUCACUCGUUUUUCGCGCUCCUCGCCGGGCUCAGCGGGCUGCCCCAUGUCCAUGCGGUGUACGAAGACGCCGUCGGCCAAUACCCGGACAACUGCCCGCAGCGUUGCAGCGAGGUCGGCCCUGAUCCGAGCAAUUGGACGAGGGUCCGCCACCUCGAGGCCCUGUCAUACUGCGACGAGCCUCUCCUGUUCGACAUCAACGUCCAAAACGACCUCAGCGGUGAGAACGCUGCGAUCCCUGUCCGCGCCUGUUCCCAAGCCGAGUCCGUUACCAAGCCGACCAUUGAAGCCAGACAGGACGGUUCGGUCCUCUCAACUUCCAACAACUGCGGCGCCAAUGUCGAGAAGACGAUCUUAGAGGCCGAGGCCUCGGGUUCGAGCGACAUCCUCUCUGCCCGAGACCUGUCCGCCGACCACCUCGACGCUGCCAUCGGCCAGCUUGAGUCGUAUCUCAACCGCGCCGCUACAUGCGGCACCACCAUCUUUUUCGCAAAGGCCGGCAACAUCAUCGCCGGUCUUUACUCGGGCGCCAAUAUCCAGCACGAGAGCGCUCUCGACUUCCUUCAGACAUUCCGGGGCCGCGUGUUCAAGGGCGACCGCAUGCUACAGCUGUGCAAGACUAACAAGAGUGCCCAGAAGGCGCUCGGCAUUGCAGUCGGCACUCUAGGCGACUUGGCCGAGAUUCAAAGCGCAGUCAAGGCCUGGACAAACGGCGAAUGCGUCCAGACGGGCAGCGGUCCGUCCUCAGGGCUGGUAGAGGUCGAGCUGGGCGUUCUGGUAUCGACCGCUGCGGCAACAGUCAGCCCACCUGUUGCUGGGACGCUGUCUUCCUACAAACGAGCCCUCUGUCGCGACAUCCAGGUGGCACAAGGCGACGGCUGCGCGUCAAUGGCCAGCCGCUGCGGCAUUUCUUUAACCAAUUUUGAAAAGUUCAACCCAAAGACGUGCGACAAAAUUCUCAUGCCCAAACAAUACGUCUGUUGCACUGCGGGCGACCUGCCAGAUCACACGCCCCAGCCCGGAGCCGACGGUUCCUGUAGACCGUACAAGGUGGGUAGCGGCGACGGCUGCUGGGCCAUCGCCGAUGCUUUCGGCAUAACGCAGCAGCAGAUCGAGAACUUCAACAAGAAAACUUGGGGUUGGGCCGGCUGCGGGGCAUUGCAGGCCGAGCAGAUCAUCUGCCUCAGCACGGGGUCGCCUCCUUUCCCCGCCUCCAUACCUGACACGCAGUGCGGCCCCCAAGUUCCCGGCACGACCAAGCCGACGGACGGCACGCCGUGGAACGAGCUCAACCAGUGUCCCCUCAAGUCCUGCUGCAGUGUUUGGGGCUACUGUGGCACGACGGCCGAGUUUUGCACGAAAGGCACGGGUCCCGCGGGAACACGGACGGCUGGAUGUAUGUCCAACUGCGGUAUGGGCAUCAUCGGCAACGACAAGGCGCCUGAGAAGUUCCGCAAGGUCGGCUAUUUCGAGGGUUGGAACCAAAACCGUAAGUGCCUGCGCAUGCAUGCGAGGCAGAUCGACCUCAGCACUGUGACCCACGUGCACUUUGCGUUUGUCAACAUCAAGCCGGACUUCUCCAUCUCCAUCGACGAGAACAUGAAGGAACAGUGGCAGCAGUUCCGCGAGCUCGGGUCUAGCGUUAAGAAAAUCCCCUCGUUCGGCGGCUGGGCCUUCAGUACAGAACCCGACACGGUGUGGCGAUUCCGCGAUGCAACCAAGCCCGCGAACCGCCUCAAGUUCGCUACUAAUGUCGUUGCCUUUAUGAAUGAUGAGGGCCUCGACGGUCUCGACUUUGACUGGGAAUAUCCUGGCGCAACGGAUAUUCCAGACGUUCCGCCUGGCACAAAAGAGGAGGCGAACAACUAUCUUGAGUUCCUGAAGCUCGUCAAACGUAGGAUGAGCAAUACCGGGAAAGAACUGUCGGUGGCUAUUCCUGCCUCUUUCUGGUACCUGAAACCUUAUCCCGUUGAGGAGAUGGCGAAGGUCCUGGACUACUUUGUGUAUAUGACAUAUGAUUUCCACGGUCAGUGGGACACGGGCAACAAAUGGGCCACCUCUGGCUGUCCUGCAGGCAACUGCGUGCGAUCGCACGUAAACAAGACUAUUACGGAGGGAGCUCUCUCGAGCGUUCCGGCAAGCAAGGUGCUCGUCGGCGUGUCCAGCUACGGCCGUAGUUUCCGCAUGGUGUCGCCCGGCUGUUCAGGCUUCAUGUGCACGUAUCUCGGCACAAGGGACUCGUCGCAGGCGUACAAGGGCCCCUGCACAGAGACGGCGGGAUAUAUCUCCAACGCGGAGAUUGAGCAGAUUAAAACCGACAACCCAGAGAAUUACCCCGUCAGGCGCAGGCUCUUCGACACCGCGUCCGACUCGGACAUCUUGAUCUACGGCACGCGGGAAAAGGCCGACUUUGUCGGCUACAUGACAAAGGAAACCAAGAUGAGGCGCGAGAAAUGGGCGAAGGAGCUGAAUUUUGGCGGCACGAUUGACUGGGCGGUCGAUCUGAUGGAGUUCAUGGACGAGAAUGACAGUGGAGGAGACGACCAUGGCGGCGGCGGCAACACAGAUCCCGACGAUGUGUGCCGCAAAGAGGACAGGACAUUCAGCGACGAGCGACCCGAUCGCGACGGCGAGUACAUGCGCUGGUUCCUGAUGGAGCCCGAGCACGCGACCACGACAACUCGGACGUACAUCACCAUCGUGAACCUGACGCCCCACACGUUCACGCUGACCACGACGCACUCAUACCAGAUGGACGAGUUUAACUGGAAAUCUAUCCCUCCCGGCAAAUCACGGCAGAAUGUGGCCGUGUAUACGAGCAGAGUCGGCGCCAAUCCAAAGGACACCAACGGCGAGGCCUACUACAGCAUCGGCAACACCGGCAAGCAGUUCGUGGUGCGGGUGACGACGCACAUUCCCGACACGUACCCGCGGCGUAUCGUGUUUGACCUGAGCGGCAUGGGGCAGGGCCAGCGCGAGUACAAGGUCCCUGAGCAGGAGGUACCGGUGACGCUGGUGAUCACGGGCAGCUACGACUACGGGUUCAUCACAUCGCUAUCGCACGGGGCGGGUGCCUGGAUGAAGGGCAUCAAAAAGUCCAUCUGGGACCGGCCGCUCCGGCAUGUAGUGAUGCCGGCCACGCACGACGCGGGCAUGAGCAGGAUUUCGGGGGCGAUCCUGACGGGGGCGUCUUCUGAAAACACGCAGACGCAGGGGCUCACCACGUACGACCAGCUGCAGAUGGGGUCGCGGUGGUUCGACCUGCGGGUGCAGACGGUACACGCGGUGACGCCGUCGUGCUGCGACGACUACGAGUUCUGGACAACGCAUAUCAACGACGAGAGGGCAGACGCGCCUAUCGGACGGUCGGGCGAGAAGUUCGAUGAGGUGGUCGAUAAUAUUAAUCGCUUCACUGCCGAGCACCCCGGCGAAGUCAUUAUCUUGCAGUUCCGGUACCUCAUCGGUAUCCGCAACACGCCCAGCUUGGGGCCUAUCUACUGGCAGGCGAAGCAGAAGAACGAGUUCUUCGACAAGCUAAAGUCGAUCAACAACCGGUGCCCUAACAUCCCCGUGGACCCGGGCAACAUCAACAGCUUCGAACAACGCACCAUGGGGAGCUUUAUGGAAUCCAACAACAAGAAUGGAUGCGUUCUGAUCUUCCUGGACACGGCGCACUUGUUGCGCAACAUACCCGAAGCCCAAAGCGUCUCGCGAGGGGACGGCAUCUAUCAUAAGGAUGACUUUGCGUGGACAAACUCUUGGUCCGAAAAGGAGGACACUAGAGAAGUCGCCGAGUAUGCCGUAGAAGGGUGGAAGAGAUCGCGCAGCAAGUUUAUCGUGUCACAGUGGCUCAGCACGCUGGGCCCUUUAGUGUCAACCCUCGUGUACAGCAUCCAGGCCGUCGCGGUACUGCCGAACAACCCAGCGCUCUACUGGCGUGGCGUCCCGGAAAUCACGCCGACGCAGUUCCCCAAUGCCAUCAUGGUCGACUACAUCGGCCAGCUACUCAUGAACGAGCAGCGCUGGGACCAGCUGGGCGGCGAGCUGAAGACCCUCGCCAUCGGCCUGAACCUGUACACGCUCAGCGAGAACUGCGACAUAAACAAGAGGCGGUCCGUGCUGCUGCCCACGAAGAGCAGCAACGGGCGCUUUGCCGCCGCGCCGGCGCAGGACAAUCCCCUCGUGUCGUCGUGGAACGGUAUCAUCUUCGCCAACGGCACGGUCAUAAACAACCCACCGCCGACCCUGCACGUAGGCCAGCCGGAGAUUUUGAGAAACGGCACCAGGUUCAGCAACGGCACCGUGCUCACCAAGGACAUCCGUAACCCCGAGUUCCAGGGGCCCUUCCACGCCAAUUUGACAGGCCUCGGUGUUUAG